AGAGUUAUAUGUAAAACUGUAUUUGUUAUUGAGUUGGGGUCGAAGAAGUGAAAAAAUAUUUGGGCAAAGAUAGAAAUUAAAUUAAUCGUAUCUUGAAAACAAUCCUGUAACAUUGAAUAUAAUCGAAGCAACUCAUUGAAUUAUUUAUAACCAUUUGGGAAAGGAAAACGAAAAUUUAACUGAAACUUAAUUUAAUAACAUCGUAACAAAUAUGUUGUCCCGACUUGUUACCGCUAACACAAUUAUCCACUCUUCUGUCCUCAAAAGUGCUCUACAGAAUGUUCCAAGACGACAAAUCUUGCGAACUUUUGCUGAAGACGCAAAAUUCAAAACAAGAGCUGAAAGAAUUAACGAACGAAUGUCAUUGAAAGAAAGAGCUAUGGCACCUGCAGGUCCAAAUGCUUUUGCAAUCGGCAAAGGUGCAUUAGUUGGUGGAUCAGCAAUCGGUUUGGGUGCAUUAUGCUUCUAUGGAUUAGGAUUAGGAUCAGGAACAAAUACCCUUCAUAACUCGCACUUAUGGCCAGAAUUUGUGAAGCAGAGAAUUCGUGACACGUACAUGUACUUUGGAGCUUCGAUUGCCAUUAGCGCAGGAAGUGCAUAUGCAGUUUUCCGUACUCCAGCAUUAUUGAAUCUCGUCUCACGUUCUGGUUGGUUGGCAAUUCUGGCUACAUUCGCAGUGAUGAUUGGCUCGGGAAUGGUAGCACAAUCUAUUCCGUAUUCACCAGGCUUUGGUGCUAAGCAACUUGCGUGGAUGACACAUUCAGCAAUUAUCGGUGCAGUUGUUGCCCCACUUUGCUUUGUUGGUGGACCCAUCAUGUUGAGAGCUGCUUGGUAUACUGCUGGUGUUGUUGGUGGAUUAUCAACUAUCGCUGUAUGUGCACCAUCUGAGAAGUUUUUGACUUUGGGAGGUCCAUUGGCAAUGGGUCUUGGAGCCGUCUUUGCUGCUUCAAUAGCAAGCAGUUUCUUACCAGCUACAACUGCUUUGGGCGCCGGUCUUUAUUCAAUAAGUUUAUAUGGCGGUUUGCUGCUAUUCUCUGGCUUCCUCCUUUAUGACACACAGAAGAUCAUCAAGCGAGCUGAAAAUCAACCCCUUUAUGGUGGGCAACUUUUCGAUCCUGUCAACAAUUCUAUUUCAAUUUAUUUGGACACAUUAAAUAUCUUCAUCAGAAUUGUAUCAAUUUUAGCUGGCGGUGGUAGUCGCCGAAAGUAAAUUUUAAAAUGUUGAGAAAACAGAAAAUAUUAUUUAAUUAAAUCAACUUGAACUAUUGAAAUUAUUGUCUUGUUCUUUCAAAUCUCGUCUGUGAAAUAAUUUAACAUAAAAAUAUUAAAACAAAGCA